AUGGCGGCCCGGUCGACGCGUAUACUGCCAGUCCAACGACUGAGGAAGGCUCCUGAGAACCAGUCCAUUGCAGAAUGGUGGGCGACUGAAAGCAGUCGAGGAAGUCCCGAAGCGGCCGCGGUCGCUGAAGCCGCUGAGGCUUUGCGGACCAGCGACAUACCCGUGGGAUUUCCAACGGAGACAGUAUACGGGCUUGGAGCAGAUGCGACACGGAGUUCUGCGGUGCAAGGGAUAUACAAAGCAAAACAGAGACCGUCGGAUAAUCCGUUAAUUGUUCACGUCGACUCUAUUCAAAUGAUCCACCGGAUAUUGAACCCCAAGGAAGGGAAAGGCGCAGCCUCCUCAGCGACCAGGGAAUCCAACUUGAUCCCGCCCAUUUAUCAGCCCCUGAUAUCGCGAUUCUGGCCCGGUCCUUUAACGAUCCUCCUCCCCAAUCCUCCAGACUCUCCUCUCGCUAAGGAAGUCACAGCGAAUCUUCCCACUUUUGGCGUCCGGAUGCCAGCCUCGGAUUUCGCACGCCUCCUCAUUCACGUCGCAGACAGACCGCUUGCAGCACCCUCUGCAAACGCCUCGACGAAGCCCUCCCCAACGACUGCGCAGCACGUGUACCAUGAUCUGCAUGGCCGGAUCGAUCUUAUCCUUGACGGUGGACCUUGUGGUGUGGGUGUGGAGAGCACUGUCGUGGACGGGUUGUCUGAUCCACCCGCUGUGCUCAGACCUGGUGGGAUCGGGAUUGAAGAGCUACGUUCCUGUCCAGGCUGGGAAAACGUGAAAAUAGGAUAUCAUGAUACCUCGUUGCAUGUGAAGGAGGUUCCGCGGGCCCCAGGGAUGAAGUACAGGCACUAUUCGCCCAAGGCGCGGGUGGUCCUUUUCGAGCCGGGUUCGCACUCGACGUCUGUUUUGCGCUAUGUGCGAGACGACCUCAGGAACACCGCCGUUGGCCUGCACAGCAUUGGCAUUGUCCGGACCAAAUAUUGGAUCCCAGGGCUGGGACUAGCCUCGGAGGAGCAACUAUCCCAGACGAAGAAGCAAGAACCAUCCCCUCCUCAACAAAACGAGAAUGGAAACGAUCAACUCAACACCUCCCUCACUCCAAUCUCAUUCGACGUCCCGAUCGAUUAUGAUCACGACAUCUCACCUCCCCCGUCAUCUCUACCUAAAACAAAGAAAGUAUAUGAUCUUUCCCUGGGAGCGGACACAGAGUCCAUCGCUCGCGGGCUGUUCUCCGCCCUCCGCACCCUGGACGAGUUGAACGUCGAUGUCAUCUACAUCGAAGGCAUCCCCGAUAACGAGGGGGACCUCGCGGCUGCCGUGAUGAAUAGACUUAGAAAGGCAGCCGAAGUAGGGGUCAGAAUAUAG